AUGCAUCGACUUUUUGCUGAGCUGGAGCCAUCUGUAACCGUCACUGAGCAAAACCUGGCAGACCGAGUUCGGUAUAUCUUGCGCUCAAAUGCAUUUGAUGUCACCGAACUCGAACGGCUACGACGUGAGGCUGUUCCUUCAUCGAGUGAAAAUGCUGCGGCUGAGGAUGCGGCGCCACAACUUGCUGAGCAAACGGCAAAUGUGGAUGCCGUCGUGAAUACACCAGUUGUGGUUGAUUCAAACGAUGAUGGAACAGUCGCCCAGGGACUGGAACUGGAGCAAAUGAGGAGUACAUUGGAAGAGGCGAUUGUGGAAACGCGCAGUACGCCUCUCGAAAAUCGACCGCGACUUCCCCGCUUAGCCCUAAGCAAGCGGAAUCGGGCUGUCGUGAGGGCUCUGAACCCAAUGCUGGUUACCUAUUUGGAAGCCAGCCGGGACCUUUGCGAGACGGACUCAAUUCUUUUUGGCGCCGCACUGGCAGUCUGCCGUAUUAUAGGCGCCAAACUGUCUACGGUUGGAUGCGCUACGGGACAAAGUAGUGCUAUCCCAGCCUGGAGAAUAAGAAUUGAAGAACGUAUCGCAAAGGCUAGGGCCCUCAUCGGCAGACUGAUAUGCUUCAGGUCAGGCAAUACCAGGCCAAGGAUUGUGCGCACUGUCAGGAUGGCGUUUGCUGGGACAAAUGUUAGUUUGUCCCAGCCGGAUAUAAUGCAAAAACUGACGGAGCGCAUAGACGACCUGAAGCAAAGAAUCGCUGCUUAG